UUGGCUCGUGCGGUGAGAUUCUUCGGAGAGAAAUCCAUGGGUGAGUUUCAACUCUUGACUCUUCUCAUCUCUUCCUGAGAGGCUUUACUGCCAAGUCCGCUUGCUCAAGAGCCCCUUCCGCACGGUAGACGAGGAACAAAUGCGCAAAGUCAUAGCUCAGGAAGCUGAAGUCCUCAAAAUCGCCAAGCUGACAGACACCGACAAAUUAGUCUACCUAGAGGCUGCGGUCACGAGGCUCUCGGUACAGGCAACCAUGUACUCUCAGUCACUCUCAGAACAGAAGUACAACAAAAUACUUGAAUGGCUGUCCGCGUCACCAUAUUACAACCAUCAUCAGUUCGUCUCGCAAUCCCGGCUACCCGGCCUCGGGAAAUGGCUGCUUAACCACAAGGACUACAUCGAUUGGCAAACAUCGAGUUCUUCCUCGCUGCUCUUGCUCCAUGGUAUCACCGGCUCGGGCAAAUCGAUGCUGUGCUCGGUGAUCGUGGACUCUUUAUUGUCUAUCGCUAACAAUGAUCCAUUCGCCGCCCCAUUUGGAUACAUCUAUUGUGCGAACCCCGACUUUGAGAGGGCACGCUAUUCGUCUGAUGAUGUGAUGCGCUCCAUACUCGGCCAGCUUGCUCUCGAUACAACAGGCCGACGUAAGAUCAAAGACUUCCUCUGCUCGGAGUAUGAGCGCCAAAUUGCAACAGCACGUGUUGACGGACUGGAUUUAAUGAAGUUGAGAACGCAAGACUGCGUUCGGCUCAUCCUUGAGCUUGCUGAGCAGGAUCCAUUGACCAUUAUCAUCGACGCCAUCGAUACUGUUAAGGAGAACGAACGGCAUGCCCUCAUUUCCACACUGAAGGGGAUCGUCUUGGAAGCGGAUAAUGUCGUUAAGAUCUUGAUAACGAGCAGAAGCAGCAACUGUACAACAAUCGCACCGGCGGCCGAUAAGCAAAUCCAGAUCACUAGCCAUGAAACUCAACAAGACAUGGAAAGUUUCGUGAACCACCUAAUUGACACCGCUGUGACAAGCAAGCUGCUACUCGAAGGGAAAGUGUCCCCUGCUUUGCACAGCAUGCUGAUACAGGCACUCCUCGACGGAGCUGGCGAAAUGUAAGUAUUUCCGAUCGAUCUCUGAACAUUCAAAGUGACUGAUACAGGUUUCUCUGGGUCAAACUGCAAAUCGAGCGUCUUUGCCGAGAAAAGAUUGAGGAUGACGUUAUAAUAGCAUUAC